GUUGCAGAACUUGCAUCUGAAUGUGGAAUUUCUAAAACAACGCUCAACACUGUCCUCGAUUAUCUAAACGACACUGGAAUAAUUCUGUACUCUAAGACUAAUGAGAAGUUAAAGUACACGGUUAUUACAAACUUACGCAUGAUGAUCGAUCUCUUGACAAAAAUCAUCACAGUAGUGAAACCAGAUGAUAUUGACAAGUUGCCUACACUGAUGCAUUUAUGGAAUAGACUCGACAGUGAGGGAAUUCUACAAGAAAAGUUGCUACGUCAUUUGUGGAGACGUGAGAUAGAGAAUGAUACCAGCAACUUUGAGGUCUUCCUUGAACUGCUUAAGAUGUUUGGGUUACUGUUUGAGAAGCAAAAGGUAAGCUGGUACUUAUGGUUUAGCACAAGCAACUCUUUCAUAAUAUAU